UCAGCCAAGGGAAGUCCUCACUACAGCAAUGUUAUCUUGCCCAGUAUAUUCGGAAUCAUCUGCUUCCUUGGGAUUGUGGGAAACUGUAUUGUUAUUUACACCAUCAUGAAAAAGACCAAAUGUCGGGCCAAGCAGACAGUCCCCGAUAUCUUCAUCUUCAACCUCUCCAUUGUGGACCUCCUCUUCCUCCUCGGUAUGCCGUUCCUCAUCCACCAGCUGAUGGGCGACGGCUCCUGGUGUUUUGGGGCCGCCAUGUGCACGGUCAUCACUGCUCUGGACUCCAACAGUCAGACCGUGAGCACGUACAUCCUCACAGUCAUGACCCUGGACCGCUACCUGGCCACGGUCCACCCCAUCCGGUCCAACGCGGUGCGGACGCCGUGCGUGGCGGGGGCGCUGGUGGCGCUGGUGUGGGUGCUCUCCCUGCUGUCCAUCACGCCGGUGCUCAUGUACUCGGGGCUCAUGCCUCUGCCCGGCAGUCAGGUGGGGUGCGCCCUCCUGCUGCCCAACCCAGCCUGGGACAUCUACUGGUUCACCCUCUACCAGUUUGUGCUGGCCUUCGCCCUGCCGCUGAUCGUCAUCUGCGUGGUGUUCUUCAAGAUCCUCCAACACAUGUCCACUGCUGUGGCGCCACUGCCCCCGAGGAGCCUGCGGCUGCGCACCAAGAAAGUGACCCGCAUGGCGGUGGCCAUUUGCCUGGCCUUCUUCGUGUGCUGGGCGCCCUAUUACAUUCUACAGCUCAUCCACCUUGGCGUUCAGCAGCCCAGCCCUGCGUUCUCCUACGCCUACAACAUCGCCAUAAGCAUGGGCUACGCCAACAGCUGCAUCAACCCCUUCCUGUACAUCAUCCUCAGCGAGACCUUUAAGAGGCGCUUCAUUGUGGCCAUUCAGCCAGCGCACAAAGACUUCCGGGUCAACCCCAGCACCACGGACGGGAGCGUGAGCUUGCGCUUGGCCCCGGACUGCCAGCAGCCGCCCCCGUCCUCCAGGCUCCCGCAGGAUGGACGACCAGAGAGUGGGGACAGCCGCUGAGGACCUGACAGGUGGAGCUGGUCUCACUCAUGCAGUGGCGUCUCAGGGGUAAUACAUACAGUAGUACACACACAUACAGCCUGCUGCGCCACAGCGCCCCCUACAGUAGCAUUUUAAUGUUGAAAUUGCAUUGCACUGUCUUGGUCCAAUCAAUGGAAUUUUUUCACAUUGUAAAACUUGUUGUUGUUGAACUGAACAGUUAAUAUGUGUAAAUACGAUGGUAAUAUAUAUAGAAGUAAUGUGAAAUGUCUGACAGGAGAAAGUUUAUUGUCACACUUGAUUAAGAUGUCACAUCAA